UAUAAUUUUACGUUAUUAGCAAUAUUUUAUGAACAUGCUUCACGGAUAUAAUGUCUUCCCAGCUAUGGAGAUGAAGGAAAGUCUCCCUCCUCUAAAUCAGAUAUGCGUUUGGUAUACUCAAACUGAAGAGAUUCCAUGUGCUAACCCGUUCACAAUGCUAGCUGAUUACUGAACUUGAGAAUACGCCAACACUAGUUCUGGAUUUCCAAAUCAUGUAGAACAUAUGAAUUGGGGCAUGCCUUCUUCAAGAGAUACUCAAUAUGGCAAUCAUCGAGCCAUUUCAGCUCAGAUUGGAGCAUAUAAGACAGACUCAAACUCUUAUACAAACAUCUAUGCAAAUAGAAUGUGCAGGUUACAAGAGGUUCCAAAUUCUUUCACUUCAAAAAUUGAGAAAUUCACACUUAAAAAGAGUCUACUUAAAAAUUACAAGUGUAAAGUUGAGAAAAGAACCAACUUUAGGGGUUCUAUUUCUACUGUUUAUGUCUGCAAGUACGAUAACUGUAAUAAAGAGUUCACUCGCACCUGGAGCAUCCUCGAUCACGUUCGUAUGCACGAAGGUGAAAAACCUUACCAGUGUCCAUUUUGCAGCAGACAGUACACUCAGAAAGGCAACCUUGACAAGCACAUGCUUUUGCACCAAAAACCUGAAGUAGAGGCAAGGAGAAGCCAUCAAUGACUACACUGAGCCAAAUGGUACACAGAGAAAUACAACCUCAAGACUCACAUCAGAAAAUUUCAUCCAGAAGAAUACAAGAAGAAAUAUGGAGUGUACAAAAAGAGGCAGUCCUAAUAAUUUAUCUUUCAACUUCAUCUAA